AUGGCCGUGGAAGACGACUGGUCCUGCGACGCCAAUGAUGCGGUGCAUGUCACCGUCGUGCAGCCUGGCGACACCAAACCGAAGACGCUCUCCGCCUUCCACCCUCAAUUCACUUAUUCCAUCUUCGGCGAUGAGGAGCAGAUCUUCGGUUAUAAGGGGUUGAUCAUUCGCCUGAGAUUCGCGGCCCACGACCUCCGUCCCCAUGUUCACAUUUCUUAUGAUGAACGAUUCAAAACUGUUGGCGAUACUGCUGCGCUUGAUCUCCUGGGAACGCUGAAGCCGUUUGUCCCGCAAGAAGCUCUCAUUGAUUUGCCCGAAUACGAAAAAGCUAUCCAAGACGACCCCUCAGCAAAGGAUUUUAAGCCACCAGGCACAAAGGUCAUUGACUAUGAGGUCGAUGGUAGAAACUACGAAAUCUGGGCUGGUUCUCUCGCGGACCCGACGGUGAAACUUCUCCUCGACCGAAUGCAGGUUCUGGUGUCUUUGUUUAUCGAGGCCGGAACCCCGCUAGAAACAGAUGAUCCUGAGUGGACUCUGGAGCGAUGGACGGUUUUCUUUGUCUACGAGAAGGUGACCCCUCCGACACCUACCGCUUCAUGCUAUUCCAUUGUUGGUUACGCUACCACCUACCGAUACUGGCUUUACCAGCGAGACCGGACUGAGAAUCCCGCCAUCAAAAACGACGAAUUCCCUCAACCAGAGAUCAAGAUCUCUGAACUCCCCGCCCGGCUCCGUAUUGCACAAUUCCUUAUCCUUCCUUCACAUGCCCGCUCUGGUCACGGAACCCACCUCUACACAACAAUCCAUGCAUUCUGUAUCGCCGAUCCUACAAUUGUUGAGCUAACAGUUGAGGAUCCAAAUGAGCAAUUUGAUGCCCUAAGAGACUCGGCUGAUUUCUGUCUUUUGCAACCUGAGUUCCUUAAGCACCAUGUGAACCUCAACCCCGAUCCAAAUGGGGCUUAUUCUAAGAAACAACGCCAGCGCACAGUGCCGACUUCUGCAUUGAUCCCCAGCGACAAGCUGCGCACCAUUCGAAAUGAUUUCAAAAUCGAGUCUACUCAGUUUGCACACAUCCUGGAGAUGUAUCUCCUGAGUCAGAUUCCCAAGAGCCACAGACUAGCCGGAGGAACAAAUCUUGCGCGCCUCUUGAUUAAGAAGCACAAGGCAGAUGAUGAAAAUGACCGACGUUACUAUUGGUGGCGAAUGCUCACCAAGCAGCGCUUGUUCAAGAAACACCGGGAGCUGCUGACCGAGUUGGAGCUUCUUGAUCGCGUGGAAAAGCUGGAUGAUACUGUCCGGAAUGUGGAAGAAGGUUAUGAGAUCACAUUAGAGGCGCUGGAGGGUCGUCUUCCCGAGGCAGAAGACAAAAAUGCAGCUUCUGGUAGCAGUGGUCGCCGUGAGAAGCGCAAGUUCACCCUGGACGACGAUGAUGAAGAAGAAGACGAAUCGGACAACCGGACAGAGUUAGCCAAGCGCCCAAAGGUUUGA